AUGCCAUCCAAAGGCAUUGACUGCUACUCCUACGUACCAGACACUCUGUCCGCGACGUACGAGGUCCGCUUCGAAGUCCCGGGCGACAGCUUCACUCACAUCACCAAAGAUAAUUUCACCAAACGCCAUGUCGAAGUCGAAUCGUCCAAGAUCAACGGCCGCGACCACCUGAUCAGCAUUCACGGCAUCGGUCACGUCGUCGGCCGCUUUCAAUGGACUGUGUAUCGCGCGGGCAUCGAGGUCGCGAGUGCGUUCAACAAUAUCAAUGCGCUGACGGGAAAUCUGGCGGCUGGGAGCACUAUGUUGUCGACGCAGCUGUUCACUCCUAUUAGAACUGAGGAUGCGAUUAUCACUUACGGUUUCUACGACGCUGGACAUGGUGAGGCCGGGUUGACGAGCCACGACCAGUGUUGGGUGUUCAUCGCGCCCCUGACACUGCAGUCGUGGCUGGGCGACAUCGCGCCGCCAGGCUCCAACGAGGAAGCCAAGCCCUUCUCCCGUCUGUGUCUGGUCUGCCCACAUGACAAUGGCAUGAACACGAUUCAGAACGUAGAUUUAGUCCUACAGUCCCUGGACGAAGACGCGCUGGGGGAAUUGAAGAACCAUCUCCCGCAUUUGAACUUUUUCAACCAUCUGCCGGAUAGUGCGCUCAUACACAUGCUGCCGAAUAUCGUCUACGGAGUGUCUGUGACGCAGAAGAAAACUAUCACCUUCAUGUUGGAACUAGGCGCUCGCUACUUCGAGUUCCGCCCAGCCUACCUACUACCCCUGUUCGAAAGGACGUCGCACCUCGAAAACAAACUCUACUUCCAGCACGCCUGCAUUCCCGGCAUGGCCUUUGACGACUUCCUCGAGGAGCAAGUGAGCUUCCUAGACAGCCACCCAACCGAGGUCUGCGUCAUCCAUAUCCGCCACGACAACAUCCCGAGCGAAUGCAAACUGCCCACAGAUGACGAGCUCGACGACAUGUUCAACAAAGCAUGCGCCGCGGCUACCACUGCGCCUCUGACAUGGGGCGGCUCCGAUCUCUUGCAGCACUCCAUCGCCUCCCUUCGCGAGUCCGGCAGCCGCCUGAUCGUCCUCCGUAACGCGGAUAAAUACGACUCCUGGACCUCCCAAGCCUACGCCACCCUCACCGCCGACCCCAUCCUGCAGAGGUUCGAGGGCAUGACGACCGAAGGCCAGUCCCAGCCCGGGUCAGGCGACCUAACGAUCUUGCAAUGCCAGGCGACCUCGCAAAGCAUCAAAGAAGUCCUCGUCUACUCUGUCCUCGCCAGCAACGCAGCGACGAGCUGCCUCACCAGCACAAAAGCCGAUCUGGACCGGCAGACUUUACCUUGGUUGCGGGCGAAUCUCAAUCAGAGGUUGAGGGCGGAAGAAAAGUUGUGUGUGCUGCUGAAUGACUUCAUUGAUGGUGCGACGACGGAGACGGGCGUCGAAGUCAGCCGGGAGAGACUCUUGUGGCCUUAG